AUGCAGUGGCAUCACUUUCUUUCAAUUUUUCUCUGCGUAGGUGUGUAUGGCUUCCCAUCAUACCUCGAAGGUCCUGUCGGAAAGGUCGUUUCCGAAAGACUCUCUAGCAGAGUGAACGAUGCAGUUCGAAGUCAUGAUAAGAAACGUUCGCUUGGUCUGGCGAGCAAGCCAAUCAAAGUAACUGGCGAGCAUGAAUUUAUUCCACCGAACUUUGAGAAGGGUGAUCAACGAGGUCCUUGUCCUGGUCUCAAUGCCUUGGCGAAUCAUGGAUACAUCAGCCGCAAGGGCGUUACAAGCCUCGUCGAGGUAGCGGCUGCUAUCAAUCAGGUGUAUGGAAUGGGAGUAGACCUGGCUACCAUCUUGGCGACAAUGGGUACAGUCUUUGUCGGAAACCCUCUAUCGCUCGACCCAGGCUUCUCCAUCGGCGCCACCGCCAGUGGCUCGCAGAAUAUUCUGGGUAACCUCUUCGGGCUGCUGGGAACGCCACGAGGUCUGAACGGUUCACACAAUAUCAUUGAAGGUGAUUCGUCCAACACCCGCGAUGACCUGUACGUCACUGGAGAUGCAUCCACCAUGGAUAUGAAGUUAUUCCAGUCGCUCUACGACUCGGCUUCUAAGGAGGGUACUUAUGACUUUGACGCUUUUGCAAAGAGAGCCAAGACCCGAUUCCAUGAGACUGUCGCUACGAAUCCCAACUUUUACUAUGGGCCUUUCACGGGGAUGAUUGCGAGAAAUGCGGGAUACUUCUUUGCCUGCCGAUUGCUUUCGAACCAUACUGUUGGAAGCACUGAGGACAUUAUGGACAUUGGAACAUUGAAGAGCUUCUUUGCUGUCACAGAAAAGGACGGAAAGCUUGUGUAUAAGCGCGGCCACGAGAGAAUCCCUGAGAACUGGUACCGUAGAUCAAUUGACUACGGUCUCAUCGGCCUCAACUUGGAUCUUCUCAACCUGAUUACCAACAUCGGAGGUAACAUGGGAGAAGUCAACAGCUACGCCGGUGUCGACGUAAGCAACAUCACGGGUGGAGUCCUCAACCUCACCAAGCUCCUCGAGGGGAAUAACCUGCUCUGCUUCGUCUUUGAGAUUGUCAAGACCGUUGCGCCAAACUCUCUCUCAACUCUGUUCUCAAUCAUCGCAACUCCUCUCGAGCUCAUCACCGACGCUCUCGGAUCUGCAGUCUUGAACCUCGCUUGCCCGGCCUUCAAGGACUUGACUGUCGGUGGAACAGACUUUGAGGAUGGAAUCAAGAAGAAGUUCCCUGGUGCUAGCCUGGGCUCAUCUGUUAUCUAA